UUCCCUCCCUAACCAUUUAGAUAGAGAGAGAGAGAUAGCAACGGAGCAAUAGAGAGAUCCCAAUUCCCAACUGCUUCAUCCAUGGCUUCUUCCCUCCUCUCUAAACCUUCUCUGAACUCCAACAACAUCUCGUUCUCAUCCUCUCUCUCAACUCCUCAUCUAUGUCCUUUACGACGCUCAUCUUCCAUCACAUUCCAUAUCAGACCUCGUCGAAGGAAUCCAUCUGUGCAAGCCAAGAUCAGAGAGAUCUUCAUGCCUGCUCUAAGCUCUACCAUGACCGAAGGAAAGAUCGUCUCUUGGGUCAAAUCAGAAGGCGACGUUCUCUCCAAAGGUGAAAGCGUCGUAGUCGUUGAAUCCGAUAAAGCCGACAUGGAUGUCGAGACAUUCUAUGAUGGAAUUCUCGCUGCAAUUGUAGUUGGCGAAGGAGAAUCGGCGCCUGUGGGUGCCCCGAUUGGGUUGCUCGCUGAAUCCGAAGAAGAAGUCGCAGAAGCUAAAGCUAAAGCUGCUUCUUCGUCUAAGAUUGCUCCUUCAACCCCUCCUCCUGCUGCUUCUCCGCCUCCAGCUCCUGCCACUGUUCCCUCUCCAUCUCCUGUGGAGGUUUCUUCGCCGCCUGUUUCUGAUGGCCCAAGAAAGAUUGUUGCCACACCUUAUGCAAAGAAGCUUGCGAAGCAGCAUAAGAUCGAUAUUGGAUCCAUUGUUGGGACUGGACAAUUUGGUCGGAUUACUCCAGUAGAUGUUGAAACCGCAGCUGGAAUUGCUCCUAAGAGUAGCAUUAGCAACGUAGCUUCUGCAAAUGUUGCUUCUCCUGCUGCCCCUGCUCCUCCUCCUAAAGCUGCUGCUGCUGCUGCCACUGCCCCGCUUCCUUCAAUUCCUGGUUCUACUGUUGUUCCUUUUACGACUAUGCAAGCAGCUGUAUCGAAGAACAUGGUGGAUAGCCUUUCUGUGCCCACAUUCCGAGUUGGGUACCCUGUUAUGACUGAUGCCCUGGAUUCUCUGUAUGCGAAGGUGAAGCCAAAGGGGGUGACCAUGACGGCCUUGUUGGCUAAGGCUGCUGCAGUGGCACUGGCACAGCACCCAGUUGUGAAUGCGAGUUGCAAAGAUGGGAAGAGCUUUACAUAUAACAGCAGUAUUAAUAUUGCUGUGGCUGUGGCAGUCAAUGGUGGACUUAUCACUCCUGUUCUUCAAGAUGCUGAUAAGUUGGAUCUUUAUUUGCUAUCCCAAAAAUGGAAAGAGCUGGUAGAUAAAGCCCGGGCUAAGCAGCUUCAGCCUCAUGAGUACAAUUCAGGGACAUUCACUCUAUCCAAUUUGGGCAUGUUCGGAGUGGAUAGAUUUGAUGCAAUUCUUCCUCCUGGCCAGGGAGCUAUAAUGGCUGUAGGAGCAUCAAAGCCUACUGUUGUUGCUGAUGGAGAUGGCUUCUUUAGUGUGAAGAGUAAAAUGCUGGUGAAUGUUACUGCUGAUCAUCGCAUAAUCUAUGGUGCUGACUUGGCGGCAUUCCUUCGGACGUUUGCAAAGAUUCUUGAGAAUCCUGAGAGCCUAACAUUGUAGAUGAUCAGCUGGGUUUUAUUUUGAGAUUUAUGAUUUUGAGCCUUUUGUAUUGGUGGAAGAGGACAUGAGAACGGAUGGUCCUUGGGUGUGGAACUUGAAUUUGUAGUAGUCCCGUUCUAACUGUCCAACAAAUAUGUCGUGGUUUCGUUGUAUUUUAUUCACUUUCUUAUUUAGAAGGGGUAGUUUCUAAUUUUGUAAUUUUAGUUAGAACUAUUUAGGGAAGUUGCAACAACCAUAUUUUUGGAUAUAUCUUUUGAAAAGUGCAGUGAAACUUUGAAAAUUCUUAGUCUUCCAGUAGAAUUAAUGAGCAAUAUGGUUUCUGUUUCUUUUU